UGAUCUCACCUCCUCUUCCUCUCUCUUCCUCUCCCCUGUCUCAGCACGACAUGAUCAGCAGCAGCAGCAGCGUCUAUGGCUUAAAGAUGCAGUGGACCCCCGAGCACAGCCAGUGGGCCGAACAGCAUUUUGACAUAUCUUCCACCACCCGAUCCCCGGCCCACAAGGCUGAGGCCUACAGGGCGGUGCCUGGCCACCUGCAACGCUCCGCCACCUACCAGUAUGCCUGGGCCAAUGACGACAUCUCUGCCCUGACUGCCUCCAACCUGCUCAAGAAGUACGCAGAGAAGUAUUCUGGCAUCCUCGAGAUUCCGGGUUCCUAUUCCGAGGCGCCGGGAGUGAUGAACGGACGGAAGGGCGAAUCUGAGCCCUGGCAGGAUGGCGUCUACCCUAUGAGUUGCAUCCCAGAGGGGAUUUCCGUUAGAAAGGGAGGGGUGGCAGCAGCUUCAGAGGUAGUGUCUGGCAUGUGCAGCUCCCCAGGCCUGGCCUCCAGCACCCUCAGUGAACCCAGUUACUCCAGCAGCAGCUGUGGAAGCCACUCAGCCGCAGCGCUCCACUCCUCCCUGCCCUCUCAGGAAUACGGCCCCACCUACAGCGGCUCAUACCUGCACAGUAGUUACAGCUCCCAGUCUGCCCCUGCUCCAGCACUUCCUUCCCCACUGCACAGCUCUGGUCUCCUGCAGCCCCCUCCUCCACCCCCACACCCCACUUUAGUCCCACCUUACAAUGGGGGCUCGCCCAACUUGUCUAGUUAUAAUUACCCCGCAGCGGGCUACCCUGCUCAGAGUUCAGUCGGCCCAGGAUACAGCCCCGGAGGAGCACCCCCUCCCUCUUCAUACCUUCCCUCAGGCAUUGCUGCACCUACACCUCUUCCCCCCUCUUCUGCUUUACCUGGAUACCCAUACCAGAGCCACAACCUGACCCCAAUUGCCCCCACCCCUCUCAACGGUGGUUCUUCUAACACACUCAAGAGGAAGGCAUUCUACAUGACAAGCCAAGGAGAAAUAGACCCGUCUUAUAGUAACUUUGGCUAUGCCCAGGCAAGGAGCUCAGCAGAGAGCCCCAUGUACAGGAUAGCAGAUAGCAGCAGUACAAAUGGAGGCUCCAACAGCGCCAGCGGAGGUGGAUUUGAAAGGAACACAGACAAAUCCUCUUUAGCUUUUAAUUCUCAGAAACAAGCUACAAUGCCAUCAGAGCAACAGCGGAAGUACAGCAGUCAGGGAACAGGGGGACCUCUGACUCCACCGGCCUAUGUCUCUUCCACCCUGGGGGGCUCACGUUCAGCGGACUCUCUUGCAAGCUUCACCUCCCCCUCCCUGAGUGAGCAAGGCACUGAUGAUCACCGUCUCCACCUGUCCCACUCAGCACCAGGGCCGAACUCCUCUUCAUCCAAUUCCUCCUCCAGGCCUGCUGAAGAGCAGCUUAAGACAUGUGAUCCUCACCUCCUGGACAUGGUGACCUCAGAAAUAAUUCAGCAAGGUCCUCCAGUGGAUUGGAGUGACAUUGCAGGUCUGGAGCUAGCCAAGGCUACUCUGAAGGAGGAGGUUCUGUGGCCCAUUCUGCGUCCAGAUAUGUUCAGCAGUUUAGGACCAGCCCCACGUUGUGUGUUGUUGUUCGGCCCCAGAGGCAGUGGUAGGACGUUGCUAGGCCGUUGCCUAGCCAGCCAGCUGGGGGCGCCGUUUCUGCAGCUCAGUGGCUCCACCUUGGCUACCAAAUGGCUGGCUGAUGGAGAAGAAAUUAUCCGGGCAUCAUUUCUGGUGGCACGUUGCCGCCAGCCCUCAGUACUGUUCAUUAGUGAGUUGGACAUGCUCUUGUCAGCCCACCUCAGUGACGAGAGUCCACUCAACCGGCUGAAGGGGGAACUUCUUGCCCAAUUGGACUCACUUCUUAUGGGUUCUGGUGAGGACGGAGGAAAUCAAGUGUUGGUGGUUUGCUCCACAAGCAGACCACAGGACAUGGACGAAAGCCUGCGCAGGUACUUUGCUCGGAGGGUACUGGUGCCCCUGCCGGAUAACACUGCCCGGCACCAGAUCAUCAACCAGGUCCUGGCUCAGUCUCAGCACAAAUACUGCUUGAGUGAGGAGGAGCUGGUGCUGCUGGUCCAGCGUACUGAGGGUUUCUCGGGACUGGAUCUGGCAAGACUCUGUCAGGAGGCCCUUGUAGGCCUGUUGCACGUCUCUGCACAGAGCAUGGACAUGACGGGCAUGAUGCCCAGGGGUCAGAUUAGGCCCCUCACCUACCAGGACAUAGAUAGUGUCUGUUGUAAAUUCCAAGCCAGUAUAUCACAAAAAGAGAUUGACACGUACACUGAGUGGAACAAAAUGUUCGGCUGCAGUCACUGAAACGAUAGAUGCCGUCCUUGAAAAAAGAGGCUCCUGCAAUUCCUCCCCUCAGGGCAAAAGCAUUGUGCUGGAGGGAAAGGCACAUAGCAGGCCAACACAAGUCCACUGUGUUCUCUCAAGAGGGUUUUAGAUACACCCAGAGACCUGGUUUGAUGAGACAAUUGCAGUUAAUGAGAGGAGGUUUAAUCUGAAUGCUUGACACUCCAGAAAGCAAGGCAUUGUUUACACACUGCAAGCAAGUUGGAUGCACAAGAGAUGACCUUGUGUCUGUGUAUAUAUCAGUAUGUUGUUGUUCUUGAGAUUUUGUUGGCUAUCCAAGUGCCUAAAGUGGUGCUUUCAGAUUUUUCUUUUUCUUAAUUUGCCUCACAAUCUACAUUCAUGGCAUGAGCUGAUGAUUAUCACGAGCUUUAAAACUUCAGCGCUGAGUCUGAAAAACACAGAUUGACAGUUGCCAUCAGUGGUGGUUAAUCAUCUUUUAUUGUCUUGCUAGGCACAGUAAUUCGUUGGGUUGGCGAUUAUCGGGCCCCUGUCAUUCAUCUCCUCUCAUUUUGUGUCUGCAUAACGAACAAACGUAAUGAACAAAAAACACUCAGGAAAGCGUUUGUAAAUUGUACAGUACCUCAAGAUAUCUUGACGUAAAGCACUAAGGUUUGAGAUGAAAAACUGGCAGUCUAAGGUGUACCUCAAGUCGCUACGAUUUAUAGCAAAGAGGUGACAGUGAAUGUAAUAGAUGUGUUCUCAAUAUACGGAGCAUAUCUAAAGUGAGAAUAAAAUUAUGUAUUUUAAUUUUCUUUUCUUCGGCGGGUGCUUUAGUUACCUGUUUCUACUUGACUACAGAACUAUUUCCAUUGCUCUUAAAAAAUGUAAUACUGUGUUGUUGCCCAGUUUGUUUUUUUUGGGGGGGAGGGAGUUUAGAGAUGAGCAGGUGUUGGGGUGGCAGCUCUUGUACAUUUAUAAAGAAAACCAUGGUCAUCAUUGUUUAUAUAACAUGAUCUAGGAUAUAUUGUCAGGCUUAUGGAGGCUCCAUCAGUUUAUCAGCAAAUUUCUGUGCAAAAUAUGCACCUGUUGUCACAAUUUUUUGCAAGCUGUUCUUUGAUGUUGAUACAGUUUGAUUGACUAAAGUAAAAGAAAUGUUAGAAAUAUUUGGAAGUGGGCAACUUUGCUUUCUUACUGAGAGAUACAUGACAAGCUCAAGCGACUACCUUUAGCAAGUGUCACAAGGUCCAAAUUAUUUAUAUUUGCUCAAUUUGUAUAAGAAUAAUAGUACAAAGAAUAUGAAAGGUAAUUUAAGAGGGAAUUAGCUAACAGGCUAAUGUUGCCUUUUAA